AUGGCAAAGAGAAAGACACUCGUUUUUAAAACCCCAAAAAAAGUUAAUAAAACACCAUUAAAAUCACAAAAGAGUAUUGUUAAUGUUUCAAAUAAUUCAAAUGAUGAAUUUCUCAAUUUAAAUAAGAAUUUUAAAGAAGUUGAUGAAAAAUUAUUAAAUAAAAGAGUUAACAAAAAAAUUGAUAAAGAAAUAAAAAAAGGAGAUAAUAAUUUUGAUUUUAAUGAGAAUGAUUUAAUUAAACAAUUAAGAAAAGAAAAUGAUGAAUUAAGAUCAUUAAACAAUGUAAUAUAUAUUUAUCAGAAGUUAUUAGGCAUCACAAUUAAUAACGAUAAUAACGAAUAUUUUGUUACAAUAGAAAGGGAAAGUAACAACUUAAAAAAAUAUCUCAGUUUUGGUUUAAAAGAAAUUAACAAUUCUUAUCAAUACAAACUCUAUAAGAAUGAAAAUUGUAUUCUUCCUCAAAGAUUUGUUGAUGACAUUCAAUUUGAAAACACUGAAAUUCACAAAUUCUUUUAUUAUAUAAUUCAAGGAAUGUACAAUAAAUAA